AUGAGUAGAGGUACCCCGUACCCCAUAGCGAAUCACCGUGCCGUGGCUAGCGGCAUCUGGAACCCCAACCCCAGCCCCAGCCCCAGCCUCGUCAUUUUUGUUCCUUUUCAACGACAGAAAACCGCCCAUCAGACCUCUCUACCUUUACGAACCACCGACAAAGCCUCUUCGAAAGCGACUCUGAACGCCCCGACAACACUCGUACCGGUACCCCUUCUGAACACCGACCCGAAACUUUAUUGUCACCUGCCGAACCGACCGACAUUCGAAUUGCCCACGAUGUCGAGCUCACUCGAGCGUCAGCAGGCGUCGUUCAUGAGCAGCAUGUCCGCCGCUUCCUCGAAGCUGGCGGGCACCAAGCGCGCUCUCGCCCCGCCAUCGCCGUCGCCCUCGGUCGGCUCCGUCGCCUCGGCCGUCGCUGCCGGCAACGGCACCCCUCGCAAGGCGGCAGACCGCGUCGACACGCCCGCACACAACAUCGUGUACUCUCAGCCGGCCGCCACCGGCACCGGCCUCAACAUCAUCACACAGGUUACAUACGCUAUCGCCUGGCUGCGCGGCAAAGAUGAGCCGCGCACGUACCUGGAAAUCCUGGGCCACCUUUCGGGCCUGCACUGGAGCCCGUCGUACCAGGAGGAGUUUGUUGAAGCGAUGCGCCGCACGCGCGAGAUUCAGUGGAUUCCCGACCCGAACUUGAGCGAGCAGACUUGGCAGAGCGGGACGUAUCUACACCGGCCCAAGGUGCCCGGCGUCCGAAACAAGACGCAGCUGCUGGCCUACCUACAGAAGAAGACAGACGCGAGCUGUGUGGGUGUGAAGGAGCUCAAGGACGGCUGGCCCGAUUGCGAGAAGGCCAUCAACGAGCUCGAGGCGGAGCACAAGAUUCUGGUGAUCCGUGUCAAGAAGGAAGGCUCGCCGCGCUAUGUCUGGCUGGAUGAUCCCAGCUUGUUCCACGAGGUCGAUCCGGAGCUAAAGGUCAUGUGGCAGAAGGUCGAGGUGCCGGGAACCGAUACGAUUGUUCAGCGACUCAAAGCCGCGUCGCAGAAGCCGGCGAGCGAGGAUCCGAGGGACAAGAUGACGGCUGCACCGAAGGCGGAGAAGAAGAAGAGGGCGCAGAGGAGGACGGGCAAGGCGACGAAUACGCACAUGGAGCAUUUGCUUAAGGAUUACAGCCACAUGAAGCGGUAA